AUGACUGAUGCAAGGGUUUAUACUGCAUCUUUUGCCUUCUUCGAGGCCCUAUGGGAGGCCGGGGUCACCCAUGUGUUCGUGAAUCUGGGCUCCGAUCACCCUUCCAUUCUAGAAGCCAUGGUCAAAGGCCAAAAGGAAAAGCCCCAGGAAUUUCCGAAGAUUGUAACAUGUCCCAACGAGAUGGUUGCCCUCUCCAUGGCCGAUGGCUACGCUCGUCUAACCGGCAAGCCGCAAUGUGUGAUCGUUCAUGUCGAUGUCGGCACGCAGGGUCUCGCUGCUGCCAUCCACAAUGCCUCCUGUGGUCGUGCUCCGGUGCUGAUUUUCGCCGGUCUCUCCCCUUACACAAUUGAAGGGGAGAUGCGUGGUUCCCGCACGGAGUACAUCCACUGGAUCCAAGACGUUCCAGAUCAGAAGCAAAUUGUCUCCCAGUAUUGCCGCUAUGCUGGCGAGAUCCGCUCAGGCAAGAACAUCAAGCAGAUGGUAAAUCGAGCCCUCCAAUUCGCCACCAGCGACCCUCAGGGUCCUGUCUACCUGGCUGGUGCUCGAGAAGUUAUGGAGGAGGAGAUCACGCCAUACUCUAUCAACCAGAAUCAGUGGGUCCGAGUUGCUCCGCCAGCACUACCUUCGGAAGGAGUUGAGUUAAUUGCCGCCGAGCUUGCGGCAGCCAAAGAGCCACUGGCGAUUGUAGGCUAUUCAGGUCGCAAUCCCCAGGCAGUGAAAGAAUUGGUCACCCUAGCCAACACCUUUCAAGGCCUGCGAGUUCUGGAUACUGGUGGAUGCGACAUGUGCUUUCCAGAAGACCAUCCCGCCUCUUUGGGAAUGCGUUUUGGAAUCCACGAUGCGAUAAAAACGGCAGACUUCAUUCUCGUUGCGGAUUGCGAUGUACCAUGGAUCCCGACCAUCUGCAGGCCGUCCGACUCCGCUAAAAUUGUUCACAUUGAUGUAGACCCUCUCAAGCAGCAGAUUCCCGUGCACUAUAUCAACUCGAGUGCAACCUUCAGGGCGGAGUCGGCCACGGCUUUUAACCAGAUCAACAAGUACAUUGCAUCCAGUCAUAAGUUGCAACAGUCCAUCAGCACGGCCGAGAAUCGGGCACGUGGAGAGCUCCCAGCAGGUGGUGACAAUGCUCCACUAAACGCGUCGUAUCUCAUCUCCCAGAUCCGCGGUGGGUGCCCUACCGACACCAUCUGGGCGAUCGAGUCCGUGACGCUUACCGCUAUCGUUUCUGAUCAAAUAGCGGCUACUCUGCCCAAAUCAUGGAUCAACUGCGGCGGCGGCGGUCUGGGAUGGUCCGGUGGCGGUGCGUUAGGCAUCAAGCUUGCCAGUGACUUUGAACACGGGGGCAAUAACAAGGGCAAGUUCGUCUGCCAGAUAGUCGGCGACGGAACGUACCUCUUCUCUGUGCCUGGCUCCGUGUAUUGGGUUGCGCGGCGGUACAACAUCCCAAUCCUCACCAUUGUUCUGAAUAACAAAGGCUGGAAUGCGCCGCGCAGGAGUAUGCUUCUGGUUCAUCCCAACGGCGAUGGCUCACGUGCCACCAACGAGGACCUCAACAUCUCAUUUGCGCCCACGCCUGACUAUCCUGGUAUUGCGAAGGCUGCAUCAGGAGGCCAAUUCUGGGCGGCGCAGGCGUCCACCGUCGCGGAGCUGCGUCGGUUACUGCCGGAGGCCAUCAAGAGCGUGCAGAAUGGCACCACGGCUGUCUUGGAAGCGCAAUUGGACGGAACGGAGGCUUGAGGUUGGGGAAGCGGUCGAAGACGCCGUUAGUGAUGAUGCCCAUCAGGUGGCGGCCCACGGAGUUGCAGAAGCUCUGCGGCGGACCGACUAGGUACUUGCGGGCCUCGUAGUGCUCCUUGUAGUUGUCGCCCGUGGGGGCCGCCGGGUGGAGGUAGAUCGGCACGUCGAGCUCGACGGCCACGCGCCAGAACUCGUCGUACUCGGGCUGGUCGUAG